CCUGGCAAAAAACAGCACACUGAGCUAUUUCGCUGAAUUAGCUAUGCAUUUUUUGCUUCUUUUAAGAAGCCAUAUUUAAAAAUAUGACCUCUGCAUCGUUUUUAAAGAGCAAAGCUUUUAAAGAACGAGAAGAGAAUGUAAGGGAAAAGUUGCGUCAAGCGUCCAAGCAAGAUUUGUUAGCGGAUUUAUCCAGGCUCUAUGGAGACACCACCUUCAGUGAUGUAUCAUUUACAGUAUGUAAUUCAGAAUUUCAAGCUCACACAGUUUUACUGAGAGCCAGAGCACCGAAUUUUUGUUGGCAUUUUCUUCCAAGACAUUCCUCACCUGUUUCUGUCCAAACAUGUAUCCAAAUAAAUGGAUUAGAAGCUACUGAGUUUGAGACAUUUCUAAGGUCUGCCUACACUGAAGAUGAUUUCAAAGAUUACAAUGAGUCAAGCCAUCCAUGGAGUAGGCAGAAAACUCCAUGUCUGGCAGAUGAAAUCAAUCAUGUUGUUUGCGAGACUGAAUUAAAAGCAGACAAUGCAAGCUUUCAGAAUGAUGUAGAUGUAGAUGGAAGUGAUAAUAUUAUCCAGCCUUGUUGUGCUGUAGAUGGUUGUGGGACAACAACAACCACAUUCAAUGCAAUGGAAUCUUGUGGAGGUGAUGUUAAAUGCACCCAAUCACAGUGUGGUGAUGUGAAGAGUAAAGAUUCAAAAAUUGCUGUCACAGAUACCAUUGAUAUGUUAGGAAAUGGUGAAAGGACUGAUUCUCAGCAGAAUAGUGACGAGGAUUUUGAAACACAGAGUGUGUCUCCUUGCUGUUUAUGUGAUGGUGUGGCAAAUAACGCAGAACUUGCUGGUCAGGAAUCAAGUCACCCUCAUGUUGUUACCAUUAGCAAUACCACUCAAGAAAAUGUGACCCAUCGACCCCAAGACCAGGCAGAUCAGAAUAAUAUUGAUUUAGUUAAUGGUCUCCAUACUGGGGUUCUUGAAGAAGGAACUGGGUCUGUCUGUCCUCAAGGGGGAUAUGAUACAUGCACACCACUUUCAAGACGUCUUUUUAAUUGUCAAGCUGAAGGAGUAGAGGAGGACGUAACUUACAAAUUGACUUCCACUGAUGCCAAAAUUGUUGGAAACAAUUUCAGACCAAAGCAAGAUUUUGAUCUAACAGUGGAUCAAGGAGCAGCUGACAAGCCAUCAGAGAAUGAAUUAGAGAGUUGCUGCUGUAAACUUGGUCAAGAUUUACUCCGGUUAUUUACCAGUGGGGUUGGAUAUGAUGUCAUAUUUUUGGUCAAUGGUGGCAAAGUUAAAGCCCAUAAAGCCAUUCUGUGCGCACGAUCCAAUUACUUCUCAGCCAUGUUGUAUGGUGACUGGAUUGAGGGAAAAACUAAUGAGAUACCUCUAAUUGGGGUCAAUUAUAAUGGAUUCAUGACCAUUUUGAAGUAUUUGUAUGGAGGAAUAACUCAGGUGAAGAGUGAUUCAUCACUCAUUUGUGACACAUUACCACUUGUGGACAUGUAUGGCCUUGAAGGACUGAGAGAGAUCAUAAUCUGCGCUUUAAAAAUUGACAAGUGCCACAUGUUUCAUAAGCCCUGUGCUGAAUGUUUAGCCGGUGUUCCUGAAUGUUUAGAAGUUUCUGAGCUGUUUGGUCUUGCUGACCUUAGGAAAUCCUGUAUCAAAUGGAUAGCAAAACACUUUGAUCGUGUUCUGGGUAGCAAGGGAUUUGCCACUCUUCCAAAGAAGCUUCAGGAAGAAGUCCUGGCAGAAAUUCAGGGUAGUUUUGUCAUAUCGUCGGCUAUAGAAGUCUUAAAUCACUGUGACAAGCUGUCCUCAUGUACACCGCUGGUCAAGUGGACUGAGCCUGUUCACGUGGCGGUCUCCACAGUCCAGGAAUCCUGUUUGUUGUUUGUCAGCAACAAUUUUUUCUCCAUGAUAGAUGAAAGGAGUUUUCAUGAGAUCCUCAAGGGGGUAGGCUGGUCGGUGCCUGUUCUGGAGAAAAUUCUUGCUGCAGUGAAGAGGAACUUGACGAUUGAAAACUGUUGUGACCAGCUCAGGGCCAUUCUCAUGUUAAAAAGGAUCAUUAAACUGAAGACCCAAGAGGAGGGUGAAGAGUGCUAUCCGGAGUUGAAGUGAAGCUGUUUGCUACAAUGCAGCUCAUUGUAUUCGCCUAGUGUUGGACAGGCGCCGUGUUUAGUGGUUUCGGGGAUUCAGGGGAUCGUAGCAACACAAGACAGAGGAGUGCACCACCUUCAGCGCAGACUUCUCGCAGACCUCCAACAAGAAGCACUUUGCAACGUGCUGAAACCGAAUCUCGCUCAAGAGGACUCGGAAGAGGAAAUGCUACAGUUGAUGGACAGCUAAACAGAAGCUCUCAACAUGAAAGACCUUCCUCGACCGGGGGCUUCCAAGGGAGGACUGGUCCUCCGCCAACGAAUAAGCGGCCCACUUCGGCGCGGCCCUUGUCUACCCAAGGAAGCGCGAUCGUGGGUCGUGGGAAAAUGCCGUCGGCAUCAAAGGGUGCUGCUGAAAAAAGACCUUUGACAACUUGGGGGACCGGAACUCCAGGAAGUUCAAGAUUGUCUGCUCCGACUUCUUCCGCACCGGGGCGUGGAAAGGUAUUAUCAUCAAAGUCAAAUGAACCUUCCACUCGAAGUUCUUGUCAAGGUGCGGGUAAAUUUCAACCAGCAACAUCUAACAAGAAAACCAGGUCUAUAUCAACUCAAGAGAAUUCUACCGGACAACCUUCAUCUGCUUCAAACUCUUACGGGGUUAUUAAAAAGGCCCCAUCAAAAUCCAGACCUGCUUUACUAAGUGACAAUGACAAGAGAUUCACCAGAGAAAAGCCCCUUACUGUGGAGGGUUCUCGUGUGCGAUCGAAAAACGUACCAGCAGGACCCAAAGCUGCUUCUCUUUCAGGAACGAGCCAGUCUCGUCCAAAAGAAUCCAAGGCACGUAUAGCUUCAUGUAAUCCAAACAAGGCGCCUGCAUCAACAGAUUGCAAAGAGGAGACCUCGGAAAAGGAACUCUCUAAUAAUGGAACUGAAGGACUGGCAGCUAGCAAUGAACACAAAAUCGAUUGCGCUUCGAGCUCUGAAGAUAAACCCCAGACAACUGAAAAUGAUAGCAGCAGGGCGAGAGAACAAGUUGAAACCUUCACGAGUGAAAAUAAGGCUAGUAAUUCUCAAGGUGGCGCCCAGGCCAACAGCGCCAGCACAGUGAACACAGAGGACGCUUCAUUGUUAUUAAAUAAAACCGUUGGCGAGGGCCGUCCACAGUCACAGUGUCGUGAUUUCCCGGAUGGUUCCAACAUGAAUGAUUUUCUCGAACUGGACUAGACUAAACUAAAUUGUAAAUUUUCGAGUUAACUCACGACGAAACUCCGAAGAAACUUUCGUAACCUUUUCAAUUGGAAUUGCUAGUGACGCCGAGAAACGUUUUUGGUUGGCUAGGCAAGGAAACUCGUCUUUUCUAUCUUGUUUGCGCUUCUAGCUUUACUAUCGUAUUCAUAAGGGAGAGGAUUGGGUUGAGGGGGGAAGACUCUACAAAGAUCUAUGUAGGGAGACUACACCCUGAGGUCCUUGCCGCCCAGAGUACAAAGAGUUAGGGUGCACCUAGUGUUAUAAGAAAAAAAAAGGGGAGUUUAUAGCAAAAUAUCUCGAUAAAAUUAAAAAGUAAGUGAGUAUUCCUUUUAUUAGUUGAAGUUUGACCAGAUUUCUGUCUGUACCUUAUUGUUCGCCACAAUCACAAUAAACACAGUGUUAAAAAUGCAA